CCUCCCCGGGCCGAGGCCCAGCUGACCCCCGGGGUUCCCCUGGCAGCGGACAGGGAAGGGUUAAAGGCCCCCAGCUCCCUGCCCCCUGCCCUGGGGAAUCCCUGCCCUGUGGGGACAUGAACAGUGUUUGCUGCCUGGUCUUGGUGGUGCUGAGCCUGUGGCCAGAUAGGACUGCUGCCCCAGGGCCACCUCCUGGCCCCCCGAGGGCCUCCCCAGCCCCUCGGGCUGAGCUGGACAGCGCCGUCCUCCUGACCCGCUCCCUCCUGGCAGACACUCGGCAGCUGGCCGCACAGCUGAAAGACAAAUUCCCAGCCGAUGGAGACCACAACCUGGACUCCCUCCCCACCUUGGCCAUGAGUGCGGGGGCGCUGGGAGCCCUGCAGCUCCCCGGCGUGCUGACGCGGCUGCGGGCAGACCUGUUCUCCUACCUGCGCCACCUGCAGUGGCUGCGCCGGGCGGGCGGCCCUUCCCUGCGGACCCUGGAGCCUGAGCUGGGGGCCCUGCAGGCCCGGCUCGACCGGCUGCUGCGCCGGCUGCAGCUUCUGAUGUCCCGCCUGGCCCUGCCCCAGGCACCCCCAGACCCGCCGGCGCCCCCUCUGGCGCCCCCGUCCUCAGCCUGGGGAGGCAUCCGGGCAGCCCACGCCAUUCUCGGGGGGCUGCACCUGACUCUCGACUGGGCCGUGCGGGGCUUGCUGCUGCUGAAGACUCGGCUGUGACCCACCACCCAGAGCCACCAGUGUCCUUCAAUGCCAGAUCUUAUUUAUUUAUUUAUUUCGGGACUGGGGGCAUGGCAGCCAGAGGAUCUCCCCCAUUAUCUCCCCCUAGUUAGAGAUGGUCCCUCCAGGAGACCGGGGCGGGAA